GCCCCUGUAUAGAUGUGCAGAUCGCGAACCUUUCAAGAUAUCAGAAGAAGUCGGCCGGCUAUACGACUGCAGAAAUCGCAGAUAUGCGGCCAAAGCAUUUCACCAUCGUCAUCAAACUCGGCACAUCAUCCAUAGUCGAUGAGAAGACACAUCAGCCACUUCUAUCGACCCUCUCCACCAUCGCCGAAACUGCGGUGGCACUCCGGAAAGAUGGCCAUCGCGUCAUCAUCUGCUCUUCCGGAGCCAUCGGGAUGGCCCUCCGCCAGAUGGACCUGGAACGCCGACCCAAAUUGUUGCCACAGGUUCAAGCGCUGGCCGCAAUAGGACAGUGCAAACUGAUGAGCAUGUGGGACCAGCUAUUCGGGCACAUGCGGCAGCCCGUCGCCCAGAUUCUCCUCACGCGGAACGACAUUGCCGAUCGGACCCAAUACCUCAACGCACAAAACACCUUCUCCGCGCUGCUCCAUAUGGGCGUGAUCCCGAUCGUGAACGAGAACGACACCCUCUCCGUGCAGGAGAUCAAGUUCGGCGACAAUGACACCCUCAGCGCCGUCACCGCGGCCAUGGUCCAGGCGGACUACCUCUUCCUCAUGACCGACGUGGACUGCCUGUACGACAAGAACCCCCGGACCCACCCGGACGCCAAGGCGAUCGAGAUCGUCGAGGACAUCUCCGACCUGGCCGCCGACGUCUCCAGCGCCGGCAGCUCGCUCGGCACGGGGGGCAUGAGCACGAAGAUCGUGGCGGCGCGCCUCGCCACCGCCGCGGGCGUCACGACCGUCAUCACCCGGAGCAGCAAGCCGGGCAACAUCUCGGCGAUCAUCCGCCACGCGGAAUCGCAGCGCUCCGCCACCAGCAUGGACAGCAGCGGCGAGCUGCCCCCCGCCGCCGCCGCCGCCGCCGACACCUCCACCGACCUCCACCGCGUCACCACCAUCACCCAAGCCGACCACGACCCCCCGCCGCCGCCGCCGCCGCUCCACACCCGCUUCCUGCCCGCGCUGCACCCGAUCCGCGACCGGCACUUCUGGAUCCUGCACGACCUCGCGCCGCACGGGACGCUGUACAUCGACCCGGGGGCGGGGACGGCGCUGUUCAAGAAGGCCGGGCUGCUGCCGGCGGGCGUGGUGCACGUGGACGGGCACUUCGGGCAGCACGAGUGCGUGCGGCUGAAGGUGCUGGGGGCGCGCGACGGGCCGCACGCCGACGCGGUCGAGGUCGGCCGCGCCCUGGUCAACUACUCCGCCUCGGAGAUCCGCUGGCUGCGCGGCGUGCGCAGCUCGCAGAUCGCCGAGAUCCUGGGCUACGCGGAUUCCGAGUACAUCGCGCACCGGGACAGCAUCGCCCUGUUCCAGAGGGAGGUCAGCCGCCCCGUGACGCCGACGUUGCCGUCGUCUUCCUCGUCGUCGUCGCUGGCGGGCGCUGCUGGGGAGGCGGCGGCGGCGACGAGGCCGAGGAUGGGCAGUUUGGGGGCGUAUGUGGAUGGAUGACGAUUGAUGGGGAUUGGAUUAGACGCGGGCGGGAGGUAGAGAGAGAGAGAGAGAGAGAGAGAGCGCGGAUUAUGGUGGCCCGGUUACGAUGUAGAUUCUUCGUAAUGAUUGUUUGCAUAGACGAGACCAAGGGACCAUUUGGGAAAACAAGAGAGAGAGAGAGAAAACAAAAAGGGGCGGGCGAGGGGCGAGGGUCACCCUUUCCAUUUUGACCUCAUGACUUCACCGCGAUGAAUGGAUGAAUGAAUGAACGAAUGGCCCGCGACGACCAGUGAAGAGCAAGAAAGCGAGACCGACGCAUCAUUGAAACUCAAGCUUCAUAAUGAAAAAAAGAAAAAGGAUCAUGCCUUGAUUUCCAAGAUUACUUUUUCCGCGUCGUGCUCCCUCCUCCCUUCUGAGCUAGUAGGUGGGUAGUUCUUCUUCUACCUGU